UUCGUGUUUGAGACAGAAAUAAGCCGAUGUACGCAAAUUCGUUUCUAUAUAAUAUUAUUAUAAUAUAUUUUAUCUCAUCUGCAGGCGGUGAUGUUAACGACGUUAGCAGCAACGUCGGUCAAUCCGUCCGAAACCACUAAUAAUUAUCGACAAGUUAAAGGUCGCGGCAGACCCUCGGAACAUCGCAGCGGUCAGCUACACGUGCUGACACAGGUGUCCACGGAUAGAACAUUUACAAGGCAACCCAAACCUCAAAAAAGAGCAGAUUAUCGCCGACCGUCACCGACCGUUAACGAUUCAGUCCAACGACGUCAACAACAACAACAACAACAACAACAACAACAACAGCAGCAGCAGCAGCAGCAACAACAACGACAACAACAGCAACAGAAAAAUCAACAGCAACAACAACAACAAUAUGGCGCUGCGAUGUCACAUUUGGACUGGACGCCAAUUGUGCAGCCCAAGGAACCAUUGCAAAACGAUUAUCAGCAGCGACAGAUACGUCAACCGGACGCUGUCGUUACGUUCGUGACGCUACCGCCGCAGCCGCUGUCGACGACGACCCACUACAAAGAUGAGCUGAGUCCAAAAAAUCACGUCCAACAUAUCGGCGACGAAAGUGAUGAAUUCCGUAAUCGUUACCGAUACGUAAACGCGAGUGAAUUAUCCGAAGGGUAUAACAACAAGCAUCGUAACAUAACACGCAUCACUAAUGCGUACGAAGCCGUCGACGAGUACCGUAAAAAUUCGAACUUUGGUUUUCACGACGGAGUGCUGGAGAACAACAAGACCCGUAGUCAAAACAGCGACAGCAAUAAUGGGGUGAACGGAGCCAAAGGACAAAAUAAACUUUCUCCUCAAGACGAGUACAACACGGACGGGGAGUCCGAUGGGGAAGACAACGAGCGACCACCUCAAAGUAACCAUUUGGAUUUCCAGCUCAACCCCCAUCGAAAUGCUCUGCACCGUGUCGUAAACACCGAUGUGCUGCCGCUGCAGUUGCAGGCUAAUGAAAAUAAUAAACACAAUGAUGAGGUUGACGGUGUAAACCCCGUCGACCAUAGGACACAAAUCCUAUACGGGGAUAGUCAGCAUUUGCAUUUACUCGAUGGUAAAUCGAAAAGUGCAGACGUCCUUCGCGAUUACCCGAGUAACACGACCACCGCAUAUCCGAUGGCAAUAAUCGAUCAAGAAAAUAGUCAUGCCGAGGUGAAUGAUAAUAAUUAUGUUGUGUACGACACCAACGACGACGUGGAAAACGAACAACGUCUAAAUCACAACGAAGGCGUCGACGGUGUGAGUAAUGAUUUUUAUCGCGACGAUAACCCAAAAUACGCAAACGUGAAUGGGGAAGUCGACUGGCGGGGAAAUGGUACGCACCAUGAUUAUGCGAUCGUCCACACAGACUCCUCGAAAGCGCAAAAACACGAAGACGGUAGGAAGCAUUAUGUAAAUAAUUUGAAACUCAACCUGCCCAAGAACAAGCAGCGGGUCAGCAGCAAUCGGCACGCAAACAUGAACGUGACGGCUGCUACAGCAUUGGAGGCGGACAGCCACGUAUUAACGUAUAAGCGGCCACGAGGUCACAGCGACGAGCGCGGAGAGAUCGAACACCGACGCCGUCAAAAGCCAUCCGUCAACGGAGGACGCGCCGAAGCAAAUCCAACGAUCUCGACGACGACCUCGGCUCGAACACUGCGACGUAAAGCUCAAUCGUCGGCUGAAGCUCGCCGAACGGCGGCCGAAGACGACGAAAAUGACGACGGGACAGGUGGUCGGACGCUGUACGGUGGUCAAAACAGUCACGAAAGAAAACACAAUCUCAACGAUCGUGGACGUAUCACGACACUUGGUGAUAAACAACCAUCGGUGACAACUUCACUAGCGCAUGUUAUAGAGCAAGACGUGAUAUACGGCGAUGAUGAUUACAUCGCGGCAAAAGAAGAACUGGAACAGGUCGAACAAGGUGGUUACGGUUUCGGGUACACCGUAUUGGACGAGAACGUGGGGAUGGAUUUCGGCCAAUGGGAACGUCGCGAACCAGGUCGUACCGGUACCGUGACCGGAGUGUACCGGGUUCGGUUACCGGACGGCCGGACGCAGACCGUCAAAUACACCGUUAGCCCGGCCACCGGCUACAGGGCGUCCGUUACUUACGAGGGCGUCCAGCGCCAUCCGGCUGCAACACCAUCGCCGCGCCCUGUCGAAAGCGUCGAACGGUACGACUCGACGAGCGCCGAAACGCGGUCACCUGACUAAAACUAUUACUAUUAUUUAUUAUAUUAUUUAUUUAUAUAUAUUUAUUAUUUUAUUACUAUGAUUUUUAU